CUGUUUCGCCACUUCAUAUAACCUAGUUUCGCCUCUUUCGUCCAUUUCUCUUUCUCCUUUCAGAUCUCGCUUUCCAUUUCUCUGUUCUUCCUUGCUAUCACCGUAGCAGAACAAGAAAAUGGCCGGCAAGGGAGAAGGUCCGGCUAUCGGAAUCGAUCUCGGAACCACCUACUCUUGCGUUGGUGUCUGGCAGCACGACCGUGUUGAGAUCAUUGCUAAUGAUCAGGGUAACAGGACCACCCCUUCCUACGUUGCCUUCACCGACUCCGAGCGUUUGAUCGGUGAUGCUGCCAAGAACCAGGUCGCCAUGAACCCAAUUAACACCGUUUUUGAUGCUAAGAGGUUGAUUGGUAGAAGAUUCAGUGACGCUCCCGUCCAAAGCGACAUUAAGCUGUGGCCAUUCAAGGUCAUCGCAGGUCCUGGUGACAAGCCAAUGAUUGUUGUUAGCUACAAGGGAGAAGAUAAGCAGUUCGCCGCUGAAGAAAUCUCUUCCAUGGUUCUCAUCAAGAUGCGUGAAAUUGCCGAAGCUUACCUCGGUUCCACAGUGAAGAACGCCGUGGUAACUGUUCCUGCUUACUUCAACGACUCUCAACGUCAGGCCACCAAGGAUGCUGGUGUCAUUGCUGGUCUCAAUGUCAUGAGAAUUAUCAAUGAGCCCACGGCCGCUGCCAUUGCCUACGGACUUGACAAGAAGGCAACCAGUGUCGGUGAAAAGAAUGUUUUGAUUUUUGAUCUAGGUGGUGGUACUUUUGAUGUUUCUCUACUUACAAUUGAAGAGGGUAUCUUUGAGGUGAAGGCCACUGCUGGAGAUACUCACCUUGGAGGUGAGGAUUUUGACAACAGAUUGGUCAACCACUUUGUCCAGGAGUUCAAGAGGAAGAACAAGAAGGACAUCAGUGGCAACCCAAGAGCUCUUAGAAGGCUGAGGACCUCUUGUGAGAGAGCCAAGAGGACUCUCUCAUCCACUGCUCAAACCACCAUCGAGAUUGAUUCCUUGUACGAAGGAAUCGACUUCUACUCAACAAUUACCCGUGCCAGAUUUGAAGAAUUGAACAUGGAUCUUUUUAGGAAGUGUAUGGAACCCGUUGAGAAGUGUUUGAGGGAUGCCAAGAUGGACAAGAGCACCGUCCACGAUGUUGUUCUUGUUGGAGGUUCUACUAGGAUUCCCAAGGUCCAACAGUUGUUGCAGGAUUUCUUCAACGGUAAGGAGCUGUGCAAGAGCAUUAACCCUGAUGAAGCCGUUGCCUACGGUGCUGCAGUCCAAGCUGCCAUCUUGAGUGGUGAGGGCAACGAGAAGGUCCAGGAUCUUCUUCUCUUGGAUGUGACUCCUCUUUCCCUCGGUUUGGAAACCGCCGGAGGUGUCAUGACUGUUCUGAUUCCAAGGAACACCACAAUUCCCACAAAGAAGGAGCAGGUAUUCUCUACCUACUCUGACAACCAGCCCGGUGUGUUGAUCCAAGUGUACGAAGGUGAAAGAACCAGGACCCGCGACAACAACUUGCUUGGAAAAUUCGAGCUCUCCGGAAUCCCCCCAGCUCCCAGGGGGGUUCCUCAAAUCACAGUGUGCUUUGACAUCGAUGCCAACGGUAUCUUGAACGUCUCUGCCGAAGACAAGACCACCGGCCAGAAGAACAAAAUCACGAUCACGAACGACAAAGGAAGACUCUCAAAGGAGGAGAUCGAGAAGAUGGUUCAAGAAGCAGAGAAGUACAAGUCUGAGGAUGAGGAGCACAAGAAGAAGGUGGAAGCCAAGAACGCCUUGGAGAACUACGCUUACAACAUGAGGAACACAGUGAAUGACGAGAAGAUCGGUGCCAAGCUUUCCCCGGCCGACAAGAAGAAGAUUGAAGACGCCAUCGAGCAGGCCAUCCAGUGGCUCGAUGCCAACCAGCUGGCGGAGGCCGAUGAGUUCGAGGACAAGAUGAAGGAGUUGGAGAGCAUCUGCAACCCAAUCAUCGCCAAGAUGUACCAAGGUGCCGGAGCUGACAUGGGCGGUGGUGCUGAUGACAGCGUCCCUGCGGGCGGUAGCGGUGCAGGUCCCAAGAUCGAGGAAGUCGACUAAGCCUUCUAUCUCUCAUUCUACAACGUCGGUCAUUGUCUUGCUUGUUUUUUAUUUUUAUUUUUGGAACAUCGAUUUUGAAGAAUUAUUAUCCUUGGGGUGGCUUGAAUUAGUGAAAGCCACUCCCCCUGUUCACCGGCCUAUUUUAUUUUUGCUCUCUAUAUUCUAUUGGAAAGACAUUUUAGUGGUUGAAAUUAAAAUUAUUUUCAUUUUCAUUUGAA